GCAGGCGUUCUUUCUGUGUCAUAUUGGUUCAUGGUUCUUUCCCCAUGAAAUGGCGACAAUCGUGUUGCUGGUGGUUGAAAUGGUUGAAUUACACUGAGUUUAGCAUUUUUUGGGUGUAUAUUUUGUUUAAACAACUAUUUUCUGGGCAUUUUCCGUUUUCCUUGUGUUGUUGGUCCUUGUGUUCUCGAAGGAAAUUGUUAAUGCGACCUAGGAUCGUUUGAAGAAAGAAGACCGGUGUUUUGAGGAAAUUUCAAAUUCUGGGAAAUGAAGAUGGAUUUCCUGGAGUAUUCAGACAUUUCUGCAGAAGUAAAGGGGUGCAUGACCUCUGGAAAAUUGAAGAUGACUGAUCAGAACAUAAUAUUCAAGAACAGCAAGACUGGCAAAGUAGAGCAGAUCCCUAGUAGUGAUUUUGAGAUGGUGAAUUUUCAAAACAUCGCUGGUAACUGGGGAAUACGUAUCUUCCUGAAAAGUGGCAUUCUGCACAGAUUUGUUGGGUUUAAGGAUUCUGACAAAGAGAAGAUUGCUAAGUUUUUCAAGAAUGCCUAUAAGAUGGAUAUGUUAGAGAAGGAACUGAGUAUGAAAGGUUGGAACUGGGGCACUGCCAAAUUUGAGGGCUCUGUUUUGAGCUUUGAUGUUGGCUCCAACACUGCUUUUGAAAUACCUUUGAACCAUGUUUCUCAAUGCACUGCUGGAAAAAAUGAAAUAACCAUGGAGUUCCAUCAGAAUGACGAUGCCCCAGUAAGCUUGAUGGAAGUGAGAUUCUUUAUCCCAUCAAAUGAGUUAGCUGGUGAUGUUGACCCUGUAGAAGCAUUCCAACAACGUGUCAUGGAUAAGGCUAGUGUCAUCAACGUUUCUGGGGAUGCCAUUGCAAUAUUCAGAGAAAUCCACUGCCUCACACCCAGGGGUCGUUAUGACAUCAAAAUUUUCAACACAUUCUUCCAACUCCAUGGUAAAACAUUUGAUUACAAGAUACCCAUCACAACAGUAUUGCGUUUGUUCCUCCUGCCACACAAGGAUAGUCGUCAAACGUUCUUUGUAGUCAGCUUGGAUCCUCCAAUAAAGCAGGGUCAGACCAGGUACCAUUUUCUGGUGUUCCUUUUCAACCAAGAGGAUGAGACUUCACUGGAGCUACCAUUCACUGAGGAAGAGUUAAAAGAAAAAUAUGAAGGAAAACUGGAGAAAGAGCUUAGUGGACCUACAUUUGAAGUUAUGGGUACAAUAAUGAAGCAUAUUAUCAACAGAAAAGUUACAGGCCCAGGAAACUUUGUUGGGCAUUCAGGUACCCCAGCAGUCAGCUGUUCCUUCAAAGCAGCUGCUGGAUUGCUAUAUCCGCUAGAACGAGGCUUCAUCUACGUCCACAAGCCCCCAAUUCACAUCCGUUUCGAGGAAAUCGCCAGCGUGAACUUUGCUCGUGGAGGAGGUAGUACCAGAUCGUUCGACUUUGAGGUAGAGCUCAAGAGUGGUACUGUCCACACAUUCAGCAGCAUUGAAAAGGAAGAGUAUGCUAAGCUUUUUGAUUUCAUCACCUCCAAAAAGUUGAACAUUAAGAAUCGUGGGAAGAACGACAAGGGCUACAAGGAAGAUUUCGGUGACUCUGAUGACGAGGCCCCAGACGCUUAUCUCGAACGCGUCAAAGCAGAAGCGAAAGAGCGCGAUUCUGAUGACGUUAGCGACGAGUCCAGCACUGAUGAAGACUUCAAUCCAAAUGCUGAAGAAAGUGAUGUCGCUGAAGAAUACGAUACUAAUCACAGCAGCUCUUCUGAAGAUGAAGACGGCGAUGGGGGUUCUGGAGAGGAAGCCAAGAAAAAGAAAAAGAAGGAUAAAAAAGAAAAGAAGACCAAGACAAUAUCUGAGAAGCCUCGUAAGAAGCGUGGAAAGAAGGAUAAGGACGAAAAUAAACCGAAGAGAGCUACAACUGCAUUCAUGUUGUGGUUGAAUGAUAACAGAGAGAAGAUCAAAAAAGAGAAUGAGGGAGUAAAAGUAACAGAAAUCGCUAAGAUUGGAGGAGAAAUGUGGAGAGAGCUCAAAGAUAAGUCUGAAUGGGAGGAGCGUGCCAAGAAGGAUAAGGAAAGAUACACUAAGGAAAUGGAAGAAUACGUCGCAUCUGGUGGCGGUGGUGAGAAGUCCGAAAAGAAGAAAUCAUCUCCCUCAAAGAAGCCAAACCCAUCCAGCAAGAAGGCAGAUCCUAAAGUAGACGAGAGAAAGAUCAAGAGCAAGGAGUACAUAGAGGACUCUGAUAGCAGCGAUAGUGAUGCUGAUAAAAAGAGAAGCAGCAGCUCUAGUCUCGAGAAGAAGACUGAUAAGCCUAGUGAAGGUAGCAGAUCUUUUUUCUAAAUUUUAUAAUUAUUUUUGCAAUGGAAAGGGUGUUCCAACAGGUACCUCAGUUUCUAAUUUUAAUUGCAUCUCCAAAAUUGAGCAGAAGCACGACGAAAAUUCACUCACUUUUUUUUCAUAAAGGAUGGAGUGGAAAAUCUGAUGGCGAGGGAUGUCAUAAAUGUUAACAUUUUGUAACACCAACUAUAUAUAUGCACCUUAGCAAUAUGUUCUUUCAACAAUAUAAUGUCAAAGGGUAAUAAAAAAAAUCGUUCUUAUCAACUUUCUUUUUCAGUUUUUGGACAUUUUAUACGGGGUGUUCAAGAAUGAAACAUGAACGAUUUCUCGAAGAUUUUUAAUAUACUUUUCUUGAUGUCCAUUUCUACAAGUUUUCGUUUGGGGUUUUGGCCGACCGGUUUCUACAACUAACCUACGUUUCAAAAUAAAUAACAUUUACCUGGUAACUGCAGGUGGUUAGAAUUGGUGUCUAUCCGUUAUAAUUAAAACUUCCCAUCCGUAUGCAAUAAAGCUAAAAAGUAACUAGUAGUAACUCAAAAACUAGUCAUAUAAACCUUGUAGCCGAAAAAAGCUUGUGAAAAGGAGAAUAAAAAAUAUAAAAAUGUACAGGGUGUUCCAAUUGAAAAUUUUGAGAAACAGCUUAUUUUGCCUUCUCGGCCACCGUGUAUAAACUAUCCAAAAAACCUAAAAAAAGUAGGGUGGUGGGGAGAUAUUAUGGAAUCAUGAAAUGUUUCUGACGAAAAAUUCCGCGCUCCAGCAGUUGCGGAGGUCAACGUCGAGUGUUUUGUUUUGAUAGAUUGCCCAUUAUCUCAAGUAACACCUGUAUGUUACAUCAAAUUGUUUCAUUUGGGAGUUCAUAUCCAAAUCUGAAUAAAAUGCAGGGCUUUCCAUUAAAAAAAAGUAUGUUUGUGUCGUCACGUAGUUAUGAAUCACCCUGAAAAAAUAAAAAUAUUUUACAAAUCACACUGAUGGCGAUAAUGCUUGACACCAUGCGUAAUGGAGUUAUCGAUCGAGCUCACGCUAAAACUCGCCCUGUAUAUUUUUUUAAUUUUUGAUAUAAAAAGUUUUGAUGGGUAGACUAUUUUAUUGAAGCUUUUAACAGUGCAAUUGUUUUUUUCUGUUAGGCAAGAGAAAGAAGGGAUCUUCUAGUGAUGAGGAGGCAGAUAAGAAGAAAAAGGCCAAGAAAGGGUCUUCAGAUGAAGAUGAUAGUGGUGAUGAAGCAGACCAUGCCUCUCCGGAAAAGAACGGCAAGAGAAAGAAGGAAUCUUCUAGUGAUGACGAGGCAGAUAAGAAUAAGAAAAAGGCUAAGUUCAAGUAUUCAGAUGAAGAUAGUGGUGAUCAGGCAGACGAUGAAAAACUAUCUUUAUCUCCGGAUAAGAAAGACAAGAAGAAGAGGAAGUCAAAGAGAAAAUACUCCGAAGCUGAGGAGCUGGAGGAUGAGGAAGAGAUCCUGUCCAGUCCAACCGCCAGUGAAGAAGACAGUGACAGUGAUGAAGAUAGUGAUUAGAAGUUGUUCACAUUCGUUCGUUUCAGUUGUUCAUGAGAAGUUGUUCACAUUCGUUCGUUUCAGUUGUUCAUGAGAAGUUGUUCAUAUUCGGUCGUUUCAGUUGUUCAUUAUGUAAUAAAUUUUUGUAUGUUGUAUAUUAUUCCGUAAUAUAUUUUUGAAGCUCUUUAAA